UACACCCUCAGACCUCAAGCUUCCGAGUUACAUUUUGGAUUCAGUAAAUCUAAUGACAAUGGGGAUUGCUCUGAGCUCUCGGGCACAAUUCAUUCGCGUAUAAUUAUAAAUCAGAGGGCCAAAAGUCUUGAAGCGUGAUUACGUGAUACGAAAGUUUGCCCUCCUUCUUUUCGACUCACCAUGGUCAACACCACCACCAAAACAUUCGACACUGCUCAUGGCCGCAUUCUCUGUAUCGCUGACAUCCGUGGUCGACUUUCCGCCAUAAACGACCUGGCCCGAGAAGUUAACGCAGUAGCCGUCAUACACACCGGUGAUUUUGGCUUUUUCGAAGCAACUUCACUCGACCGGAUAAACGACAGGACUCUGAGGCACCUUACAAUGUAUUCUCCCCUCGUCGCCAGUGCGCAAAGGACACAUUUGCUCCAACAAAAUUCUCCCUUGCGAAACAGUGUUGACAUUUCCAUUCUUUCUGAAUUUCCUUUGUUGCUUUCUGGUAAUCUCAGGCUGAACGUGCCGGUGUAUACUGUUUGGGGUGCAUGUGAAGAUAUCGUUAUAAUGGAAAAGUUCCGGGCUAAAACAUACGAGGUGCCAAAUUUAAAUAUCCUUGACGAGGCUACCACACAUUUGCUCGACCUGGGGGGCGUCAAACUUCGAUUGCUUGGUCUUGGAGGGGCUGUUGUGCCUCAUAAAAUGUUUGAUAAUGGGGAUGGAAGUGCAACCAUUGCAGGAGGUCAGGGCACCAUGUGGACUACCACUCUACAGCUUGGUGAACUGGUCGACACGGCCCAACGCGUACACGACCCGUCCGAAACCCGCCUACUCGUCACACAUGCCAGCCCAGGACGGGAAGGCAUAAUUGCCCAGCUUGCCUUAGUGUGUAAAGCCGAUCUCACCAUCAGUGCCGGUUUACACUUCCGCUACUCCACUUCCUGGAACGAGUUUAGUGUGUUGGCGGACUACGAAGGAUUUCGCAGGAAGUUGUUACUUGGCAAGGAGACGUUUGACAAAGUUUGGGAAAGUGUUAAGGCUCAGGUGGACGUAGUCGUGGAUGAAAAUCAGCGAGUUUUGCUGGACAAGGCGCUUAAUGUCGUAGAGAGAAUACCACCCCCAAUAGGGCCGGGCGGUGCUCCUACCGGAGUAACAACUGCAAAAGAGGCACUGGCUGCGCAGGAUGAGCCGAUGUGGAAAAAUUGUUGGAAUUGGAAUCUUUGUGAUGCUGCGUACGGUUCACUCAUUUUAGAUGUGAGAGAGGGCAGAGUUAGCGCGGAGUUGAAAAGUCAAGGCUUUAACUAUGCCUAUCGCCGCUCCGCUACUGUUCCUGCUACGCCCACUUCUGCGAAUCCAAGCAAUACUCUUUCUCCCAAUCACAAGCCAUCCUCGAAAUCUGCCACCCCUGCACCCAAAGUAGUAUCCCCAGUGCCACCGUCCACUGUCCAUUCAAAACCCGCGACACCUGCUCCUGUUCCUCCGAACAGCUCUAAUACCAUCGGAAGAACCAAUGCGGUUGCUACUACCUCUAUCUCAAAUCAGGCGGUUGAUCGUGCCGUGCCGCCUCACUUGGCAGGUAAAGGAUCUACUGGGACGUCAUCAAAAGCAGCGAGCGGAACAGGCACUCCCUCCUCUGAGCCCAGGGAUCAAAAAGAGGGUGUCAAAGGCGAAAAAGAGGGCGAUCAGGAUGGGAGUGGAGCUAAAGAUAAGGAGACGGCCAAGUUGGAGAAAGCUGAAAGGGAUAAACAGAAGAGGAAAGAGAAGAAGGAGCGAAACAGGGAAAAGGCGGCGGCGGCAGCAGCAGGUGAGGGUUCCGUACCAGCCUCUGCUUCCGCUACCAUCGACGAUACGAAGAGUCCUAUUGACCAACUCAAAUCGCCUGCGUCUGUGACUGGAACCCUCUCCGGGGGUGUUCGAACACCGAAAUCAGCUAGACCCCAGAGAAAUCCUUGGACGAUCUUCAUGAGGAUGAAUGCGACUACGUCGGAAAAUGAGUUAAGAGAAUUUUAUGCCCAAGGCGUAAAGGACGGCGGAGGGGUUACCAAAGUCCAUUUCCCUAACACAACCGGAGCAGGUCGUGCACAAAAGCUUGCCUAUGUCGAGUUUGGAGAUGAAGAGACUAUGAGACGGGGGCUAGAAAGAAGUGGACAGAGUCUCAAUGGCAACAUCCCAGAACUGAAACAAGCUACAGAUCGAGAGACGAGGGAAAGGGAACAGAGAGAACGAGCGGCUUCUCAGUCGGCGCCGGACUCAGUUACCUCACCUACGAAUUCUCAGCCACAUCCAGAACGCGGUGGAUCAUUUCGUGGUCGCGGACGAGGGGGAGGAGGGUUCGCUUCUAGGGGUUUAGCUGCUGCUGGGUUGACAAGAGGAGGUGGCAGAGGCAGUGGGGCAGGACCCGGAGCGCCAUGAAUGAAAAAUCGGAACGACAUUGUGAUUCCUGGCUUUACUAUUCACCUCAAGCACAAGUAUAUCUUAUAUAAGAUGAUACGUUUGCAUCUUUCAAUUUGUGGUGGAGAUAUGGUCAUUCUCAGUGAAUUGCAACUGCUAUCUUAUUGUCCAUCUCCAUUGCAUCUAUACCAUUCACUAUUUCCUCUUCUUUUCUUCAACUAAUAUCUCGUCUUCAUUUUUCCGAUACCUCCCACACUACCCUACUACUACUACUACAUUACUCGUUUCGAUUUUUUUGCGUAUUGUGUUGUGAGGGUUUUCAAAGUAUAUGGUCGUCAAAACUUCAAAUUUUGAAUGGACAUGAAUCUCACCUCAUUGCUUGAAUAAAUUGCUCCCUGCGGGGACACAUGCCUUGCUUGGGUUGUUCUUU